AUGGCAUCGAGAUGCACCAUUGCCGAGGAGCAAACACCUCCGCCAUGGCGACAGUCAAACUUCAGUUUCUUUGCCAAACAAACCAGUAACGGAAACAAGUCCAAGCAAUUUCCCGCCGCGACGGGUUACAGAAUGUUUUGGAUGGGUAAUGAGUACUACUACCUUAGCCAAGAUAUAGUGAUGAACACAAAGAAGGAGAGGAUCAGGGAUGAGAUAAUUGCGGAAGAGGUUUCCCGGAGAAGAAGAAGAAGAAUAUUGGAGGCUGGAGUCAGGGCUGAGCUUCAAAUGGAGACGGAAUAUUCGACGAGAGUUCGAGAAGGCGGUGAUACAAGCCCAGCGAAAGUAGGGAUACUGCUGGAACCAACUAAGGGAAAUCCCUUGCUGGGAGAAGCUAAUAAAGGGCUAUCACUACUGGAGGAAAAGAUUGCAUUAUUGUUUGCGGAAGAAAGUUUAAGGCUAUUGCGGCCAAAAUAUGGUGUGGAUCAGGAUCAGCAGCGAUUCGAUGUGGCCAGCAUCAAUAGAAGGAGAAGAUUGUGUUUGUGGCUAAACCAGUGGCCGGCCAUUGCGAAUUAUUCAGGUGGUGGAACAAAGAGAAAAGCUAAAUCAUCGUGUCCUGCAGUGGAGGAGGAGGAAGCAAGUAGUAGGGGAAAAAAACGAAGGAAUAUUGGAGUUUGGAGUUGCGACAUUUGUGAAGUAAGUACCACGAGUGAGCUCGGUUUAACUGAACAUUUCCAAGGAAAGAAACACAAGUCCAAGGAAGCUUUAGUCACAAAGUUAAAGCACGAGAAUUCAGAUAUUAUUGAUAAGCUCGGGGGAGACGCACUGGAGAUUGACCAAAGUGUUGAAAAGAAGAUAGGAGCCGAGCAUGAAAAUGUGAUGGAAGACCAUCGCAAAGCCCCCGAGACUCACCUGGUGACAGAGUUAGACUUGGAACGAUUUACCGGGUCAAAACCUCCAUUGGAGAAGAAGAGAGACGCCCUCGAGGACACUGCUGCCUGCCCUGGAUCAUCAACUUACACUACUGCUGCUGCUGUAUAUCAAUUUGGGGAUGCUAGGAUUGAGUGCUCCAUACUUAAGGAGAAUGCCACAGCAAUAACAGAGGAGAAUACUCUGAAACUUAUGAGCACCUCGAUGAACAGCUUCUUGAUGCGCCAGAAGAACGUGGAAGAGAAACUGGCCAGGGUAGAACUCGAGAAGAAGCUUAUAGAGCAAGAGAAGAUGAUCCAGGAAGAUGCAUGGAAGGAGCAGCUGGAGUUUGCUGCAAAAGAGAAGGAACUGGCCUCCCUUCAAGCAAAAUAUAUCAAGCUAGAGGCAAAGAUGAGAGAAUAUAGGGAAUCCCAUGUUUCCAAGACAGAUUUGCAACAGUGGUUGGUCGCGUUCUCGUCAAGGAUGUUGCCUACUAGUGGGAUGGCCAAUGUUAUGUUUGGUAUCAAUGAAGUAGCUAAGCGAUUGGGUGGCCAUGGUGUAGCAGUCGCCGCUCUCGAAAGGAUGGAAAAAGGCAGGACUAUCAAUGCAGGCUAG